AAAGUUCAGGUCACGCAGUUUCACUAUUCAGCCUGUGAGUGUUUUAGUUUAUGUGUGUUGAACUGUAUGAGCUGCAGGAUGAGCCGCUGGGCCCUAAUUGCUCCCCUCCUGCUCCUGUUCCUCCGCAGUGCUGUCACUCAAGAAACCGAAGAAACUGUCACAGCAGCAUCGCCUCCAUCUGCAGCAUCCAAUGCUGUGGAGGAGGAGAACACCGAGUGGGGCCUGAACUCUCUGAGAGGUGGCUUUGAGGCUGCCAGCGGCUACUUUGACUCAAUUCUGGAGUUCAUGGGAGGACGAGAUGGACUAUGCCAAUACCGCUGCCGAUACGGUAAUGCUCCACUUCCACGUCCUGGGUACCAGAUGCCUGAGCCGGAUGGGUGCAGCUCGUACUUCUUUGGGCUUCCUGUUCCAGAAGGGAUGGAUAUGGGGAUCCCUGCCAUGACCAAGUGUUGCAAUCAGCUGGACAUGUGUUAUGACACCUGUGGCUCAAACAAGUACCGCUGUGACUCCAAGUUUCGCUGGUGCCUCCACAGCAUCUGCACCGACCUCAAGAAGAGCCUUGGUUUUGUGUCCAAAGUUGAAGCAUGUGAAACGGUGGCAGACACUUUGUUCAACACGGUGUGGACUCUGGGUUGCAGACCCUACAUGAACAGCCAGAGAGCAUCAUGCUACUGCCAAGGAGAAGAGAAAGAUGAACUCUAACACGUGUAACGUUCCUAUUAAGAAGACAAGUGAAGUUGUAUCAACAUAUCAAAAGUAUGAUGUGGUAUUGCAAUAACAGUUGCAACGGUGUUUCUUGAGUAGCAAUAUUGUAGUUUGAAAGUAUUGCUCUUCCCUAUAAACAAUGGUGUUUAUUAUUUUUAUUUAUCAUUUUAGGUGGGGAUGACAUGACAUUCGUUUUGCUUCAAAUACCUUUUUUGAGUCGAUUGUAUUGUGUUUAUGCUGUAGGUGAACGAUAUCCCGCUACUUUCUAAAUGACUUAUGUUUAUGCGAAAGAAUGACUGAAUGAAAUGCUCAAUUUGACAAAUCUGUCUUAAGUGAAUAAAAUGUUUUCUUAAACACUAUUGCCGUGAAUCAGGUCAGUAGCACAUCCAUCUCAAUGCACCAUUGCCUAUUGUGCUCCUGUGAAAGUAGUUUGAGAUCCUUCUAAUCUUGGCAAGAAGCCUGGCAACAGUGGCCACCUUCAGGGAAUCUUGUGACGCAAGAUUUAAUAGGUGGAAAAAACAUUGAAAACGGAGAAAGGAAAGUCCUGAU